AUGCAGAUAAUAACUAUACCAGAGUUCACCAUGAUGAUACUCAUGACAGUAGCAGUGACAAGCAUAGCAACGCCACUGAUAAGCUUGCUCUACGAUCCCACAAGGCCAUAUAUGAUCAACAAAAGGAGAACCAUCCAGCAUUUACCGCCAGGGAAAGAGCUGCGCGUUGUGUUGUGCAUUGAAGGCCAAGAGAACGUAGCUGCACUGGUGAACUUGCUGGACAUGUCGAACCCGACGACGAGCAGCCCGUUCUCUAUUUACGCGCUGCAUCUUAUUGAGCUGGUGGGUCGAGCUGCCCCUGUCUUCAUUGAUCACAAGAAGUGUAAGAUUCCUUCUAAGUACACUGCCUCUGACUCCAUCCAUAAUGCUCUUCGUAUCUACGAGGAGGCUCGAGGUGAGCUCGUGAAGUUGCAUACUUACACCGCUGUGGCGCCUAAACGAUCCAUGAACCAGGAUAUUUGUGAGCUUGCUUUGAUUAAGAAGACCAAUCUC